AUGAGGGGUGUACUAGGAUGCAAGGGCUAUGUUGAGCCCAAAGCAUCACAUCAAUUUAGGCAGAAUUUGAACAAGCUGGACCUGGUGGCCAUAUCGGUCGGUUCUGCAUCUGGACAGGGAGCCCCUUCCACAAGCUGGACUGCCUAUGGCGCACAGUCUCCUCCCAGAAGGCUGACUACAAGCAUCACAUUGCAGAAUGUGAAGAAUAAGCUGGACCUGUUGAAGCUUGCUCCUGGUGGCCAUAUUGGUCAGUUCUGCAUCUGGAUAAGAGUGCCUUCCGCAAGCUGGACGGUCUCAUGGCAAAAGCCUCCUCCCAGAAGACUGACUAUAAGCAUCACAUUGCAGAAUGUGAACAAACUGGACCUGUUGAAGCUUGCUCCUGGUGGCCAUAUCGGUCGGUUCUGCAUCUGGACAGGGAGCGUGUUCUGCAAGCUGGACGGCCUCUAUGGAACAUGGCGCAAGGCCUCCACCCAAGUUGACUACAACCUGGCAAUGCACAAGAUGACCAACACAGACCUGAGCAGAAUUCUGAAGAGUGACGAGGUCCACAAAGCACUUUGUGCCCCACAGCAUCACAUUGCAGAAUGUGAAGAAAAAGCUGGACCUGCUGAAGCUUGCUCCUGGUCGCCAUAUCGGUCGGUUCUGCAUCUGGAUAAGAGUGCCUUCCGCAAGCUGGACGGCCUCUAUGGCAAAAAGCCUCCUCCCAGAAGGCUGACUAACCUGGCAAUGCACAAGAUGACCAACAGACCAGAGCAGAAUUAUGAAGAGUGAUGAGGUCUACAAAGCUCUUCGUGCCCCACAGCAUCACAUUGCAGAAUGUGAACAAGCUGGACCUGAUGAAGCUUGCUCCUGGUCGCCAUAUCGGUCGGUUCUGCAUCUGGAGAAGAGCGCCUUGCGCAAGCUGGACGGCCUUUAUCGCAAAAACCUCCUCCCAGAAGCUGAC